AAAGCAUCAAAGAGACCGGCGGAACUGUUGUGAGUGUGGUGUGCAGAGCGCUGAUGUCACCCGCUUUCAGUUUGAUUUCUAAGAGUGGCGCAUGAAUUUUCAGGAGGAAGAGGAAAAGCAGCAGCACAGAUCCUCUUCUGAUUCGGGAUCUACACACUCUCCUGUCAAGCAGCAGAGAGUCGGUGAAGGACGAUGGCAUCUGUUGAGCAGCAUUAUGACACACAGGAAGAAGAAAAACUGAAACAAGCUCAGAUGAGCAGCACUGCAGUCAGUGUUAAUAUGAAUGCUGAGAUGGGAGGAACUGUAAAUGCUCCUGUACUCGCUGGAAACACCAUCACAGGCCCAGUGACCUUCAACUACAGCACUGCAGGACACGAGCCACGAAAAAUCUCAGAGACGGCAGAGAAACACACCGAGAAGCAAGCAGAUUUGAUUCUGAAAAAAUUCUUGGAAACUCACAAAUCCAACAUGAAGAAGAAAGCAGAACGUAUUUUUGAGGGCAAAGAAGAAAAUGAAGCACAUCUCCAGGCUGUUUACACAGAGCUCUUCAUCACAGAGGGAUACAUGAAAUAUGUCCCUCAGGAACAUGAGAUUCUGAAGAUUGAUGAUGCUUUCAAUAAGAACAAACAAACACAGGAAAAACCAAUCAAAUGCAAUGAUGUAUUUACAUUAUUAAGGGAAAAAAAUGAGAAAAAGAUUGUGCUGACCAAGGGAGUCGCUGGCAUUGGAAAAACUGUCUCUGUGCACAAGUUCAUCCUGGACUGGGCAGAAGGAGAAGCCAAUCAGGAUAUACACUGUGUGUUCUUGCUUCCAUUCAGAGAUAUUAACUGCAUUAAAGACAGAGAGUUCAAUCUCCAUGAGUUUCUGCGGAAAUUUUAUCCUCAAUUGAAGAACAUUGAAAAAUCAAACUUAUAUGAGGAAUGUAAACUUGCCUUUGUAUUUGAUGGACUUGAUGAGAGUCGCCUGCCUUUGAAUUUUAAAAGCGAAACAUUGAACGAUGUUGAGGAAAGAUCAUCUGUAGAUGUGCUGUUUACAAGUCUGGUCAAAGGUCAGCUGCUUCCAUCAGCUCUGGUGUGGGUGACUUCACGACCAGCAGCAGCCAAUCAGAUCCCUCCUCGGUAUGUAGGGUUGUUUACAGAGGUGCGAGGAUUCACUGACCAACAGAAGGAGGAGUACUUCAGAAAGAGAAUCACAGAUGAGACUGUGGCCUCCAGAAUCAUCAAACACAUUAAGACAUCUCGUAGUCUCUACAUCAUGUGCCACAUCCCUGUGUUCUGCUGGAUCACAGCCACAGUACUUAAGAAUAUUCUCAUCAAGAACAGUGAAGAGAAGAUCAGCACAACACUCACUGAAAUGUACAUCCACUUCCUGCUGAUACAGAUGAACAUGAAGAACCAGAAGUAUGAUGGAAAAGCAGAAAGACAACGUACAAAGCUCUUACGUUCAAAUAGAGAAAUGAUUUUGAAGUUAGCCAAGCUAGCGUUUGAACAGCUGAAGGGGGAAAACAUUGUGUUCUAUGAAGAAGACCUGGAAGCAUGUGGUAUUGAUGUUUGUGAAGACACUGAGUUCACAGGAAUGAUCGCUGAGAUCUUUAAGAUGGAAGAUGGACUUCAUGAGACGAAGGUCUUCUCCUUUGUGCAUCUGAGUGUUCAAGAGUUCCUCGCUGCAGUGCAUGUGUUCCUCUGUUACCUGAACAAGAACAUGCAGGAGCUUCGUUUUUUCUUUGAUAAGACAGAAGAAAAUGUUACAUUGCAGAAUCUACUGCAGAAUGCUGUUGAUAAAGCCAUGAAGAGUAAGAGAGGACAUCUGGACCUGUUUUUGCGGUUUCUGAUGGGCAUUACACUGGAAUCCAGUCAAAACCUGCUCCAAGGUCUGAUCACACACACUGAAGACACCACAGAGAGCAUCAGACAAACAACUCAAUACAUUAAACAAGAACAAAACAAGAAUAUAUCAGAUGAAGCCUCAGUGAACCUAUUCUACUGCUUACUUGAGCUCAAGGAUCAUUCAUUAUAUGAGGAAAUCCAGAGAUACCUCAGUUCAGAUGAACAUCCAGGAAGAAAACUCUCAUCUUCCAUGUGCACUGUGAUGACCACAGUACUGCUGAUGUCAGUGAAGGUUCUGGAUGAGUUCAACCCAAAGAGGUUCACUUCAAAACAAGCAGGCUUUACAAGACUUGUUCCAGCUGUGAGAUGCUGCAGAAAAGCCCUAUUUGACAGCUGUGGUCUUGAUGAAACAUGCUGUGAAACUGUAUCUUCAGCUCUCCAAUCAUCAAACUCUCAUCUGACAGAGCUGGACCUGGGUAGCAAUCAACUGCGGGAUUCAGGAGUGAAGCUGCUUUAUGAUGGACUGAAGAGUUCACACUGUCAGCUGAGCAUACUGAGGCUAUAUGGCUGUAAUCUCACUGUUCAGUCCUGUGAGAGUUUGUCAUCAGCUCUACAAUCCUCAAACUCCCGACUGAGAGAGCUGGACCUCAGUAACAAUGACCUGCAGGAUUCAGGAGUGAAGCUGCUUUCUGAUGGACUGAAGAGUCCAAACUGUAAGCUGGAGAUCCUGAGGUUUCCUAUAUGUAAUCUCACUGCUAAGUCUUGUGAGAGUUUGUCAUCAGCUCUACAAUCCUCAAACUCCAGUCUGAGAGAGCUGGACCUGAGUAACAAUGACCUUCGUGAUUCUGGAGUGAAGCUGCUUUCUGAUGGACUGAAGAAAAACUGUAAGCUGGAGAUACUGAGGUUGUCUGGCUGUAUGGUGACAGAGGAAGGCUGUGAUUAUUUGUCUUCAGCUCUGAGUUCAAACCCCUCACACCUGAAAGAGCUGGAUCUGAGCUACAAUCACCCAGGAGAUUCAGGAGUGAAGCUGCUCUCUGAAAAACUCAACCAGGAUCAUAAUAAUAUGACUCUGUGUGUGAUUUAUAGUGUGGAUCGUGGAGGAGAAUCCAGAAUUACAGCAGGACUACACAAAUAUUACCAUCAGCUCACUCUGGAUCUGAACACAGCACAUAAACACCUCUGUCUGUCUGAGAGCAACAGAGUGAUUACUAACACUCUCACAGUUCAGUCGUAUCCUGAUCAUCCAGACAGAUUUGAUGUAUUGAAUCCUCAGGUGUUGUGUAGAGAGAGUGUGUGUGGACGCUGUUACUGGGAGAUUAAGUGGAGUGGAGAUUAUGGUGUGUUAAUAUCAGUGUCACAUAAGAGCAUCAGCAGGAAGGGACUGGGUGAUGAGUGUGUGUUUGGAUAUAAUGAUCACUCCUGGAGUUUGAACUGCACUCGCUCCAAAUACUCGUUCAUACACAAUAAGAUACAGACUGAUCUCCCUGUGAAGUCCAUCAGCAGGAGAAUAGGAGUGUUUGUGGAUCACAGAGCAGGAACUCUGUCCUUCUACAACGUCUCUGACACAAUGAGCCUCAUCUACACAGUCCAGACCACAUUCACUCAGCCGCUCUAUCCUGGGUUUAGGCUUGGUUCUAGAUCAUCGGUGAAACUGUAUUGAUGAUUCAGAAUAGACUGUAGAGAGAUUAUACCCAUAAUGCUUUGAGCUGCAUGAUCAAUCAGUAACAGAUGUUAUAGAGUCUCUUCAUCACAUUAAUAUUAGCAUCAAUCAGAAUAAAUGUGUGUCAGAAAUCCUCAUAGAGUCAGUCAGAUCAGUCAUUCAUUCAGAAAAUAUUCAUAUGUUAUCAUUCAUCUCAUUUUUCUGGAUUGUUUUUGUGCACAAAUAAUAAAACAAUGACAACUCAUCUUGAGAUCAGAUUGUAAUUGAUGAAUAUAAUCGAAUAGAAGACUGAGAGUACCAUAUGCCAGACUGAACAGAUUACGUAAAUCUUUUGUUCAUCAGUCAGUAAAAUUAAUUAAUCAGAAUAGGGGGUCUAAGUAGGCAGCAAGAUUCUGAGGAAUGGAAGGUACUUAAGGUUUUUGCACUGCAGAUGGAUAUGCACCAAUGUGUACUUUUGUGUGUGUGUGUAUUGUAUUGUGUAAUGUGUACUGCUGUGAAUUCAUGUUAGACAGUAAACGCUAUGGGAUGCGAGACAAUUUUUGGAAGAAAUUCCAACAAUAAAGUGAAAAUUGAAUUGAAUUGAAUAUGUAAUAUGUAAUCACUAUUUCUGGUUUCUCAAUGUAAAGAUCAGUCUGUAC